AUGGCGGCGGCCUCGUGGCCGAUUGCCCUGAGACACAAAAUGGCGCCUCCUCCUCCUCAACCCCUCCGGUUCCCGCCACUUUACCAUCUCCGCCCCCUUCGUCGGUUGCCGCCCCUGCGUCGGGUCCCGCCCCCCAUCAUGCGUCGAUCUCGGGUCUCUCAUAACCAGGACCCACCGGCAAGGGAGAGGCUUCGAGCCCUAGCCUGUCCUGCCUCAUCCUCGGAAGAGGAUGAGGACAGUGACGACCCCCGGCCAACAACCAAGCCAGGGGAGGGCUGGGCCCGGAUAAGGGCCAAGGCCAUUAGGGAUGGGGACCUAGAUCUCGCCAGGGAUCUAGGCCCAAUCGCGGCACCGGAGGUGCUGGGAGAUGGCGCCGAGGGCCUGGAGGCGCUGGCAGGGGAAGGGGAAUUUAGUAAACCAGAAGAUCAGAUCCUCCUUCCCGACAAUCUGCUAACUGACAUCCGAGAUGCUGGGAAGGAGGCCCUACUAAAAAUACCUGAUGGAACCACCCCUCUCCAGAACUUCACAUCCAUCCUCCAGGGCCCUGAUGAGACUUUUAUGAAGUAUAUUGACAGGUUAAAGGAGGCUAUAGACCGGCAGAUUGAGAACGUCGAGGCUCGAGAAGAACUGCUGCGUAAGAUGGCCUUGACCAACGCCAACCCGGAGACAAAGAAGAUCCUGCGAGCUCUCCCCCAGGAUCCGGAGCCGACCAUCGCCAAGAUGGUCGAGGCGUGCACAAAAGCGGCAUCGAUGGAGCAGACUGUGGCGUUUGCGGAAUCCUCGUUAUCAUCGGCCGGGAAACGGGAGGCGGAGCGCGCUGAGGGGCCGCGCUACGACAACAAAUGGCCCGUCCCAACGCCCUGCGCUGCCAUCGCUCCCGGAGAACCACUGCCCCAACGGCACGUUUCUCCGGACAUCCGCAGCCAGGAGGACGGGCUCCGGCUCCUCAGACGGACUCAACAACUGAACAGUGCCCGCCGCCAAGUCCUCCGGAGUUCCAUCCACAUUAUGUUUCCGGAUGAGGACUUGGUCCGUGUCCCGGUAGGAUUCCUGCCGCCACCAUACUGCGACCACCCCGUCACAGUGCUGUUCAUCGGGGACUCCAUCAGCACGCCGGACGACCUCACCAUCAUCCCGGAGGUCGUCUGCUUCGAGCCAGGGGCAGAGCUCAACGUCUCCGUGCCCUGCGUGGGAUUUUUAGUCUGGGCCACUGCGGAGCGCACCUCCCCACCGCUUAAUUGGAAAACUGAUACACCGGUGUGGGUGGACCAGUGGCCCUUGCCAAUCGAAAAACUUACUGCGCUCAACGAACUAGUAGAGGAGCAGGUGCGCCUGGGGCAUUUAAUACCUUCCACCAGCCCCUGGAACACACCUGUCUUUGUUAUUAAAAAGCCCGGCAGAGACAGGUGGCGCCUGCUCCAAGACCUACGCAGGGUUAAUGAUGUUAUUGAGGAUAUGGGGCCCUUGCAACCAGGCCUUCCCUCUCCCUCUAUGCUGCCCCGGGAUUGGCAGCUCGCAAUCCUUGAUAUCAAGGAUUGUUUCUUCAACAUCCCGUUAUACCCCGGGGAUGCUCCCAGGUUCGCGUUUUCGGUUCCUUCUCUCAACCGAGGUGAGCCGUACAAACGGUAUCAAUGGACUACUCUGCCACAGGGAAUGAAGAAUUCUCCGGUGCUCUGCCAAACCUUUGUGGCACAGGUCCUUUCCCCAGUUCGUCGCCUUUUCCCAGAGGCCAUCAUCCUUCACUAUAUGGAUGAUAUUUUGAUUUGUGCUGCUAGCUCAACAUACCUACAAGCAGCCUUGGACAGGACCAUUAAAGCCAUUAAAGAUGCGGGGUUUCAAAUCGCAGAAGACAAGAUCCAGCUGUCGUCCCCCUGGAAAUACCUGGGCUUCCUAAUUACGGGAAGGACCGUCGCGCCCCAGUCUCUUGUUAUCAAGGACGACCCACAGACCCUGCGGGAUUUGCAGCAGCUUUGCGGUACCAUCACCUGGAUUCGACCUCUCCUGGGACUCACCACAGAGGAGCUGUCGCCACUUUUCCACCUGCUGAAAGGCGACGGCGACCUGGCAUCCCCACGACAUCUCACACCGGAUGCCCGUGAGGCCUUGGAGAGAGUCGCAGCUGCUAUCAAGUCCCGCCAGGCGCAUCGGGUCGCGCGGUCCCUCCCAAUCCAGUGUGCCAUCCUGGACUUUGGUCCACCCAGAAUGGCAGUCGCAGCAGCCAGAACACCCUGCAGCCUCAGCGUCAGAGCAGCCCUAGGCCUUGCUCAGUGCAGGAUGCUCAGUGCAUCCUCUUGGUUAAGGCACGUGUCAGUGGGCAGCUGCACACUGACAAGAGCCUUGUUUUCUUGUGUUGGAGUGAAUCUGCGCAGCAGUGCUACAAUGAUUGAGCAAUUUGCUGCUGCAUUUGUCACUGUUUACGGCGUUUCUUAUUCUGCCUAUUACCUGACUAACCUGGCACGUCACGUGAAGCAUGUAUUCAGUGGUGCUGAUGCUAAGACGACAGAAGCAGCAGCAGUCUCCGCCCCGGCUCCCUCUGCUCCUGGAGAAGAAGCCAAAGAGGAGCAAAAGGAGCAAGACGACCACGAGCCUGCAGCUGUGGUCACAGCAGAGCCUGAUGCUUCCAAGGGAAUCCUUCCAGAGAAAGAGCAGGAACAGAUUGUGUUAUCAGAGAUGCCAUGCCAGACUCAGGGAGAGCUGAGAGCCCGAGAGCAGGAAGAGCAGCUCAGGCAGCAGGUGGAAGAGCCACAGGAGAAUGGCCAGAAUAUCAAGGCAGAGCCACAAGCAGAGCUGCCCGAAGCUCAGAGUGCCAUCACAGAAGUGAAGAAGAGGAACCAGGAAGAGACGAGAAGAAUUCAAGAGGAGAUGAAUCUCCAUCAGCAGAGGGGCGAUCAACAAAACCAGGUGAGUGAAAGAGUGGCAGCCACUCCACUCAUGAAACAUCCUCUCUCUUGUAUUUUAGAGAACUUGAAGGAACAGCUGGACACAGACUUUCAGAAAGCUCACGCUAAGAUCAAGGCAAGGGAGAAGAGGCAGGAGGAAGAAAUGAAAAUCAUCAGAGAAAAAUUUAAUCCCCUCCCUCAGGCUCUACAAAAGCAAGUGGCCAUAAAGAAAAUAAAUCUCCAAGAACUGAGGAAGAAGGAACUAAGAGUCUAUGAACUCAUGGUCAUGAAGACAAAUAUGAAUCCCAAUCUGGUCAACUAUUUAGACAGCUACCGUGUGGAUGGGCAGCUCUGGCUGGUCAUGGAGUACAUGGAUGGAGGCACUCUGAGCGAUGUCAUCAGCGAGACCUACCUGUCUGAAGACGAGAUGGCAGCCAUCAGUUGGGAGUGCCUGCAAGGCCUGGAUUUUCUUCACUCGAACCAUGUGAUCCACCGAGAUGUGAAGAGCAGCAACAUCCUUCUCAGAACCGACGGCUCUGUCAAGCUGGCUGAUUCUGGCCUCUUUGCUCAGCUCACCCCUGAGCAGAGUCGACGGAGCUCAGUGGCCAGCACUUCUGGGUGGAUGGCGCCUGAAGUGGUGACAGGUCAACCAUGUGGCCCCAAAGUGGACAUAUGGUCUUUUGGAAUCAUGGGCAUCGAAAUGGUGGAACGAGAAGUUCCUUACUGGAAUGAAACUCCUGUUUCGCCUCAACUCCUGAUAGACAUACGAGGGACACCAAAGCUGCAGCAGCCCAACCGAUUCUCGCCUUGCCUGCGUGACUUCCUGAGCUGCUGCCUGCUGAGAAACGAGGCACAGCGCUGGUCAGCCAAGGAGCUCCUGCAGCAUCCAUUUGUAACACUUGCUGAGCCUGCGUCCUGCCUGGUGCCACUGAUUGUUUCAGUGAAGAAGAGGAAGGAGACAAGAAUGUGAUAAUCACAUCAGGACCAUUACCAUUGACUUAGAGUAGGAUUGUAGGUUAGGGUUAGGGUUAGGGUUAGGGUUAG